GACGCGUUCUACAACUGGGGGAUUCAGUUUCAAAUUAAAUACGUUAAAUUUCUUUUUUUCUUAAUAUUUUGCUUGUUCGUGACGUCUAAAAUAUUUAGUAAUACGUUCGUUUUUUUAAAAGAACAGAUAGUGUCUUUGAUAUUUGACAAAUUUGAUAUUUUUCUUUACUUUAGAAAGAUAAGUUAGUGCAGGUGUUUUAAAGUUGUUUUAUAAUAUGGCGAUGUGUUUCCGGCCCGUGCGGUUGACGGCAGCCGCGUCGCUGGGGCGCUCGUGUGCCAGCCGGCAGCCGGCCCCGAGUCACCGGUAACUUAACCUCAAACCGAUACAGACGCGAGUGUGCUUCAUAUUAAAGCGGCUGUCCGGUUUCUAUCCAUCUGAACUUUAGUGUAUCAUCGUCUACAUGCAAUUUUAUUGUGACGCGAAUUUUUGUUACGCAACAUUUAUGAUUCAAAAUAUAAACGAGUCAGAGUAACGGUGUAAAAUAAAAGACAAAGCAGACAACAAAUUCGAGAGGCGGUUACAAAAAAAUGUAUAACAACCGUGCGUACACGUAACACGAACGAGACUCGCUAAGUGAAUUGCGAGUGAUUGUGUUCGCGAAUUUGUUACUUGUGCCUGUGUUUGUGUGCGAAUGACUUUAUCCAAACGUGUGUGAUCUGGAGCCGAACUUGUUUUUGUAUAUUCGCCGUAUUCGGAUGGGCGCAGAAUGGAAAGCAGGCCUUUAAGCAACGGCGCGGGGAAUACGAAGUUGACCCGAUGCGCCAGCAGCGUCGGCGACAGUGCCUCGGACAAAACAAAGGCAGGUUGGUCGAGCCCGCGCGACAUAUGGAGGAAUCUGUCCUUGAGAAGAAAGGCUGAGUUACAAAGUAAACGCGAGCUGUUCUUCAAGUCGGAGUCGGUGGGCGGCAGCACCGGUCUGCCAAGCGGUGCGCCUCCCGCGCCUCCCGUCGCACCCUCCGCGCUCAAGGAUGCGCUGGCAAAGCGGUCCGCGACGCUGCCCGACGCCCUCGAGAACAACCACCACGAGGCCAAUGGCCUCAAGCACACCAGCACGGAUGUCGGCAAAGCCGCGCCGCCGCAGAUGCCCGCCCCUCCGCCACCUACUACAGCACCGCCGGCAUCUCUCAGAAAUACAGACAAUAUUAAGAAACCCGAGCAUCCUCCAGUUGCUCCAAAACCCGAAUUACCUAAGAUAGAGAAACCAAAGACCAAAGAACUAGAUGGCUACGUGGGCUUCGCGAAUCUCCCCAACCAGGUGUACAGGAAGGCUGUGAAAAAAGGGUUCGAGUUCACACUUAUGGUUGUAGGUGAGACGGGUCUCGGCAAGUCGACGUUAAUAAAUUCUUUGUUCCUGACGGAGGUAUACGACAGAGACAAACACCCUGGGCCGUCGUUGCGGGUCAAGAAGACAGUAGGAGUGGAGACUAGUGUCGUUUUACUCAAAGAAAACGGAGUCAACUUAACACUUACGAUCGUUGAUACGCCCGGAUUCGGUGACGCAGUCGACAAUAGCAAUUGUUGGCAACCAAUAAUCGACUUUGUGGAAUCGAAAUACGAGGAGUUUUUGAACGCUGAGUCCCGAGUGACGCGUAAGGCGGCGCCGCCGGACACGCGCGUGCACUGCUGCCUGUACUUCAUAGCGCCCAGCGGCCACGGCCUCAAGCCGCUCGAUGUCGAAUUCAUGCAGCGGCUCGGUGAUAAAGUCAACAUCAUACCCGUCAUCGCCAAAGCUGACACCAUGACACCAGAAGAGUGCAAGGACUUUAAGGAACAGAUAAUGAAGGAGAUAGCGCAACACAAGAUCAAGAUCUACGAGUUCCCGGAGUGCGGGGGCGGCGCGGGCGAGGAGGGCGAGGGCGCGGACGCGACGCGGGCGCUGAGGGCGCGCGUGCCUUUCGCCGUCGUGGGCGCCAACACUGUCAUCGAGACCGAGGGCAGGCGGAUCCGCGGCCGCAAGUACCCUUGGGGCAUCGCUGAAGUGGAGAAUCUGGAACACUGCGAUUUCUUAGCGCUGCGUAACAUGGUGAUCAGAACGCACCUUCAGGACUUGAAGGAUGUGACCAGUUCGGUGCACUACGAGAACUACCGCUGCCGCAAGCUCGCCGGCCUCUCCCACGACGGCAAACCGCACAGGAUCAACUCCAACAAGAAUCCUUUAGCUCAAAUGGAAGAGGAAAAACGAGAGCACGAUCUUAAAAUGAAGACAAUGGAAAGCGAAAUGGAACAGGUGUUCGAGAUGAAGGUGCGUGAGAAGCGCGCCAAGCUGAAGGAGUCAGAGGCGGAGCUGGCGCGGCGGCACGAGGCGACGCGGCGCGCGCUGGAGGCGCAGGCGCACGAGCUGGAGGAGCGCCAGCGCGCGCUGCACGCCGAGCGCGCCGCCUGGGAGCGCGAGACCGGACUCUCCCUCGACGACCUGCGUCGCCGCUCGCUCGAGGCCAACAGCAAGGAGACCGUCGAUGGAAAGGAUAAGAAGGAUAAAAAAAAGAAAGAUUGGUCUUUUAAAAGUGUUGCAACAGGAAUAGUGUUGUAGUGACCUGCACAAGUUUAAAACAAUCUUCGUAUAACCCACAACUGUACUCGAACAACGAUGUCAAAGACUACGGACAAAAAUACUACUUCGGACAUAAAAGUACCAUUAUCCAGCAGUGUUCGUUUAAACCUUUUUUUAUAUUAUAUAAGACAUUUUCCAUGACAAAGCAUUUAUUUAAUAAGUUUGGCCUAAUUUUUAUAAUAAAUUUUCAUCAACAUUUUUUUAGCAAAGACAUGCAAGGUUUUUGUGCAGCAAUCGGACAGCACAACUUUUAUUACAGAAUCGCACGUUCUUUCGACAUAAACGUCCACAAUGUUGCCAAAGUAGCUUGUAAUUGGUCAGCUUAAAGCGACUAAAGGAGUGGCCACAUGUGCGUUAGCAACAGGUUUUCGUGAGUAGACGUGCGGUAGAGGAAUUCUUGAAUCUUUUAAGUUAGAAAGAAAAUAUGCUGCUGAUGUGGCCAAGCCUUAAUUGUACGGAAUUAUUUGAUCGUAAAGGAAAACGCCACCGAUAUCGUUUACGGCUCAGCUCAAAGUCUAAGAUUAAUAACUAGGCACUUUUGAAAUUUCAAUAAGAUAUUUAGAUAAAGUUAAUUGACGCUAGCGAUUUAUGCAUACGAGUUUGAAAUAUCGAUUUCGUGAUGAUAGAAUUUAUUGCAUUGUAGGUAUUUCGAGUAAUUUCGCAUUUAGGAAAUACACGAUUCUAAAUUUUGAUGUGGUUUCGACUUUUUUACUAUUUAGGUGCGGGUUUUUUCCGCUCGAUCGGUGCAAAUGAAUGCCUAAGAGAUUAUCAAAAUUCGUAACCGUUUUAUAACUCGGUAUCGGGAUGAUUAUUCGAUGUUGGUUAAUAUCGAUAUUUUGCAUUGGAUAUAUCGUGCUUAGUGAUAUUAAAGUAUGCUCAUAGGUCAGUUGUGAGAUAGGCUCUAGCUAGAUGUUAGCGUUUCAUUGUAUUUGUAAGGGCCCGAGAGCGAGGAGCUUUGCAAGGACAAGCGUUGUUGCUUCAGUGCCGUGUUUGUGUCGAACAUAGCAGGACGGAUAUCAUAUCCUAUCAUAAAUAACAUAUAUAUUAAAGGAUGUUUGUUUUAUAACUAUAUACUUUAUUGUAUACAUGUUUUAUUAAGAUUUUAUGUGUAAAUAUGUUCUUGUAAUCGUUCGAUUACUUGAAUUUCUAUUUGACAUGUUACUCAAUGAGACGUAAUUUAUGAAAUGCAUAAUCUUUAUUUAAUCUACAUGCCAUUAUUAAAUUCGUAUUAUUUCCUACACUACAGUAUUGACUUCCGCUAUAACAUUAGAUAUUUAGAUAUUAAGGAAUAUGCUUAAUUUUUGUAUUUUAUGUAGGGUUUUGACCCGUUUUACCAUACUGAUUAUUUGCUUAGUCAUUGCAAAGGAUAUGACGAUAUGUUGGAGCGCAAUGAAGUUUGGACGAUGUAAUAUAUUGUACCUUUGAAUAAAUAUAAAUAAAUACGUAAUAUAUAGGAA